GAUAUGCCAGUGGCGGCGCGAUUUUGCUCUAUUGACUAGUUUAAUUAAAUGUCAUUAAUCCUGCCAGUGUAGCUUCUGAAAAAUAAACAGAAUCUCACCCUGUUAGUGAAUCGAGCCGCGUUUUUGCCCCUGAAUUCACAUACUAGAACUACAGUAUAUUUUUAGACCAUGGAUGAGAAUCCCAAUGAGGAUAAAAGGUCCGAACACUUCAUGGAUUUCGACCAACAGGACGUGAAACGGCUCAGAACCGAUUUCGAGCAUGAGGAAAGCUCAACAUCGUCUAGUACUUCGGAAAACGACUCCAGCAUCAACUACUGUGGAGAUCAAUCUGCCAGCACCAGUAGUGAUAGUGGUUUACCGCAAAGUAGCACCGUUCCAAGUGUGGAGUCUUCUCACGAUACCACACUGUUGCCUGACGAAACUAGUGCGGAUGCAACUUACCCAAUUGCAAGUCAAACUCAGGACCAACCCUUACAAGAGCCAGGCAGUCGAGCUUGGGAAUCAGAUGCGUUCAGCAACUUACAGAGCAGCUCAGAAGACACUAUACUAGGCACGGACUCUGAAUCGGAAGAAGAAGCCGAAGAGGAAGAUGUGCUGAGCAAGGAAAAGCCGAAGCCCACAUGGUUCCUAGUCCCUGAAGUCAUGAGUAGACAAUAUGGAUACACUGCUAAGAAGGCAAAUCCUGCCUUGUUUCAACAGCGCUGCUACGGCUCUCUGAUGUGUGUUCAAAAGCUGGAACUGAUGUAUAAACUGGAGGAAAGCGAAGGCUGUGUAAACAGUUUGAAUUUUAGUGCAGAUGGUAGACUUUUGGCGAGUGGCUCUGAUGAUCUCAAAGUGGUUUUAUGGGACUGGCCGGUGGGAAAAUGCCUGCUCAAAAUCAACACAAAGCACAAACGGAAUAUAUUCCAAACGAAAUUCAUCGAUCUCAAAGGCCCCGAUAUACAUCUGGCCACAGCAGGCAGAGAUGGACAUGUGUGGUAUUUGCAGAUUGGAAAUGAAGGCCUGAGGGAUAGCAGGAAGUUGGGCCAACAUCGCGGCCCCUGUCACAAGCUGUCUGUACUCAAAGACCAACCGCAAGUUCUGCUAAGUGCUGGCGAAGACGGAAUUGUAUUUAGUUAUGAUGUUAGGAAGAGCCAUCCUGAACGAGUGGUUCAUGUAAAGGAUAACAGCGGGCGAGAGGUGUCUCUGUACAGCAUACACUCUAACCCGUUGAAAUCCACGGAGUUCUGCGUAGCUGGCCGCGAAAAUUCGGUGAGAAUAUUCGAUCAAAGGAAAAGUAGCCGACCCAUAACGAAGCUGUGCCCUUACAAGUCGUCUGAUGAAAAGUUACGUAACGGCUUGCAUAUUACUUGCGCCGUUUACAAUCACGAUGGAAGCGAAGUGUUGGCCUCAUAUAAUGACGACGACAUCUAUCUGUUUGAUGUGGACAAAGGCUCCGGGAUUUACGCGCACAAGUACUCCGGGCAUAGAAAUGGGGCCACUAUUAAGGGAGUGUCAUUUUUCGGGCCUCGAUCCGAGUUUAUAAUGAGCGGAUCUGAUUGCGCUCAUGUGUUCUUUUGGGAUAAGAAAACUGAGGCAAUUACGCAAUUUUUACGGGCUGACGAUAACGGCGUUGUAAACUGCCUGGAGCCGCACCCUCAACUCCCAUUUUUAGCUACCAGCGGGCUGGAUUGGGAUGUUAAGCUUUGGGUGCCAUCAUGCGAAGAAGAACCCGCGCUAAGCGAUCUGGCUUCAACGAUCAAGGAAAACAAGAAGUGUGGAUGGGGGAAUUUCGAGUCUGGCUCUGAAAGCGAGGAGUCGAGUGACGAUUUGGAUUUUGCACUUGGGUUCCCUUUUGGCUGGUAAAUUCCGGCAUGCUGCAGUAAGUGCUCAAAUAACUCGUUAUUUACAAGUUUCAAAAACAAAUCGUGUACGCCGCCACAGUAAGUUUUUAGCUAAAUUUGUUUUUGAAAUAACUCGAUUUCGUUUUAUUUGAUUUCUUACAUGGCUGCUGCUGAAUUUACUUGAUUGUUACUAACUUUGUUUUUAAACUUCCAUUUAAAGCGGGGCCUCCGCAUAAUUGAGUAAUUUUAAAUUUAAAUAGUGGACCUUAUCAAUUUGCAUGGUAGGUUUUAUGGAUGCUUUGGCGCAGACUUAGAGCGGCAAGAAACCGACAACAAGAACCAGACGGAGAGUCGGGAUUUGAGUUUCUAACUAUAGAUUCCAGCGACAGUUCAUCGGACUCUCGACGAUCGGCCAGCGAACCUGAGGAUCUCGAUGACCCAGCUGGUUGUACCACGUCUUAGAAACACUAGAGACUUUUUUUGUGUUCACGAGAGUCGUGUUUUAGUUAUUAUGCGCGCUGUUGUUUGUAAAACCCUGUAAUAAAUUGAGAGGCGAAUCGAAAAGAUUUUAACUGGGAUUUUUUAGCUCAAAUUUAGGCCCUGCUAAACUGAGGCUUAAUUCAUUUCACCGUUACGAAAGGGAAUUUGCAGUAACUUUUCGCAAGCAUCUGUAACAAAUAGAAAAUCAACUUUCCUUCUAGCGCUUUCUAUAACAGUAUUCGUGUUUGGCUAUAAAUAUUCUAAUCGACUGUUACAGGCGUUCGCGUACAAAGUGUAUGAUUACUGGAAUGGAGUCUGUAUUGUGAUUGUAUACAUAUACGAGUAUAAGUACUUUAAGAGUUGUAAUUGAUGUAGGAUAUUAAACUUCCUCUAUUUUGUU